CUUUUAAAAAAUAAUAAAACAAGUGGUGACUCUAACUUUAUAAAAAUCAUCAAAAUAAUUUUUUCAUUGAAUUUGAGUUACGCCAUCGAGUGAGGAUAUAUGUGAAAAAUGUGGAUUUACAAAAUUGUGACUUCACGGGGAUGGUUAAAGGGUCAAGUUAGAACUCAAGUUGGGGGAAAAUUGGUGUUUUAUUUAUUGACUGAAGGACGCUCAUCUCAUGUGCCUUUUGUUGUAUGUAUAUUAGCUAUUUCAUUCAUUUGUGUGUUAGGACACCUGAGAGGCAUGUUGAUAUUGUAUUUAUCUUAUGUGAUUGUAUGAUGUUUGCAAUUACCACCCUUCUUCUGCUUGUUGCAUGUUACUGUCUUUGCAUGUGUAGGUGGAACACAUAUAUAUUCCUUCAUUUUCAAGUAACCGGGCUAAGUCAAUCUUAUGUUAGAGGAGAUCACCACAUCAUCCAACCAUGUCACAUCUUCAAUGCCAUGAUAUUAAAGUCACAUCAUCAAUGUCAUGCCAUUAAUGUCACAUCAUCAAUGUCAAAUCAUCCUCAUCCAUUCGUUUGAUGUACUGAUUCAUCACCAAAUGGAGUUUUAUCAUAGAAGACCAAUAUAACCCAAAAACUUGAUUUGGAUGUGUGUGUUCAAUGUGUUUAUUCAUUUAAUUAUUUUUCGUUCUAACUCAUGGUUUGGCAAGGUAGUUGAAUGCACCUACACCACACACUAUACACCUUUAGAUUAUCUUAUAUGUAUGCUAAGAGAUGUAAGGUGUGCUAACUUGUAGGAAGCCUUAACUAUUAAGAAACCCUCCUAGGAUGUCAAUGAAAACUAGAUAUAGGAGGUGAUGACCCAUUCUUAUAUGAAGCGCCACAUCUUUUCAAAGGCGUGAAGGAGGUUGCAUACCAUCAGUGGAUAUGAUUACUUUUAAAAAGCCUACCUUGAUAGAGUUGCCUCGACCUUCUAAGAUGGGAACUAGAUCCAUGGACUAGGAUACUUGCCCACAUGAAGGUGCAUUUGUGUAUAAGAUUGCAACAACAAUUUCAUAUCAGCAUCAGAGUUCCAUCAAUAUAUGGAAUCAUCUUAAUUCAUUUAUCCUUAGUUGGAUUUUGAAUCAAUCAUCCUUCUAGGUUAUAUAUUCUUUGAUCUUAUAUAGUGUUCUUCCCCUUAGGGUCUAUCAACCUUAGAUUCUUGUAUAUAGAGAAUAUUUGUUUUAUUUAGAUUUAUUGCUAGUCUUUUAGGCUGUUGUACACUAGGUGUAACAUUUAGGAUGUGUUCAUCCGACCUUUUCUGGACCUAGGUUUAGGGUUGUGUGUCCUAUGUGUACCACCAAACAAAUAGGUUCUUUAUAUGAGUUAUGUUAGUUGAUCAGUGUGAGUCUUGGAGACCUUGCUAGAUCCUUUUAAAUGAGAUAGUACUAGGAUAUUAUUUUUAAUAGGAUAUAAUAUUCUUGAAUAUUAAAUCUAAUGAACAUGACAUCUUAAAGUAGUUUAUUUAAUGAGAUAUAUUAUGUUAUACUUAUAUUUAAUUUAUAACAUGAAAUAUAUAUAUAUAUUCAUAUAUUAAUAUGUUUUAUAAAUAUUUUUUUAGUUUUUUUAAACACAAAUUUAAUUUUAUAAUAAAAGGUUUUAUUUUAUAAUAAAAAUAUUUUAUUUUAUAAAAUAAGUAAUAUAAAAAAAAUUAAUAAAAAUAAAUAAAUUUAUGAUACAUGGAUAUAUAAACCAUAUCUCACAUCUUUUAACUUGUGAUUAACAUAUUUCAUAUAAAAGAGGGAUAUAAAAAAGAACUUGAAUAAUAUAUCACCACUUAUCUUUAUCUUAUCUUAUACAUUGACUCUCAUCGACCCAACCAAACCUAGUCUAAUUGGACAAGUUUAUCUGGUUGUUUUGAAUUCCUAGGUGAAGACCUUACGGGGUAUAUAGUUCAUUUGGUUGGUAACGCAUCUAUGUGUCUGCAAGCAUGAUGCAUGAAUAAUUGGUAGGCUAAGCUACACGUACUCAUGCAGUACAUUUUCUUUUCUUCUCGCGUCCUUGUGUCUGUUUGAUAUACUGCAGCCUGAAAAGGAGUGGUAAUCAGACAAGCAAGUUGAAGCAGAACAAUCUGGAGCACAUAUCAAAAAGUGGUUGGCACAAAGCAUGAACAAUCCAAGAAGCUAAGAAAGUUGCUAGCUUCUUGAUUCCAAACCUAUCUACAUUCGACAUGUCAGCAAGCUCGGCCUAAAGCGAUAUGUGAUGAUUUACUGUUAUCGGUUGACAUGGCAAAAGCAUAAAAUAGCACGAUUCUGACGUGUGAUUCUCUGCACCUCCAAUUCACCAUGAGGUGCACAAGCCAUUGAUUUAUAUGUAAGUACUGUUUAGGCAUCUAUCUCUUUGACAACCACAGCUGAACAAAGCAAUGAUGGACGAUUCUCUUUCCACUGUUUUGUUAGCUGAUCAAUUUUGCAGAUUAAAAAGCAAAAUCAUACAACUGGUUGAAUGGUUAUGGUCGAACUGAUGAACAAUUUGGGGGAAAUAUCCACUGGUAAUAACAGUCGUUUCAGAGAAGUACUUGGGCCUCUGUUGAUCAGAGCAUGCACUUGAAGAAAAUAUCUGGGGCAGGGAACCAUCCUUAUCUUGUUUGAACGCUAUUAUUGGUGGCUUUUAUUGUGGGUGCUCGACAGUGAAUGGGUAGAAGAAGGUACAAAUCUGUGAAGAAUUCCGGGAAGAAGACACUGACAGAAGGAAUACAUCAAGCUGACAGGGAAUAGCAAUCACUGAACUCAGAAAAGAAAUUUAAUUGGUCCAAUAUUCUUGCAUUACACCAAGAAACAUAUCAGUUUGCACUUAAAUUUUGUUUUAGUAAUUAGUAUAGAUGAGGACAUGUUACUUUGCAUUCUUCUCCCCAGAGUAGUAAACUGAUAGGUGCUCUGGCAAUAGCAUUUUUAUGAUAAUGUUAAUGAGCUGUAAGCAGACAUACUUGAAAUGAAAGAAUAAGUCGGUUGACAUAAUUGCGAGAGACAUGGAAUUGUCUAAAUCAGCUGAAAUGUUGAGAAUCAAAGGUCCAGCCUUUUUAAAUGUGGUGUGCGAGGAAGAGGUGAAAACCAAAGACAUGACAGUGAGCUGAUUGCCAAUUUGGCAGCUACAAUCCCACUCUUCAGUGAAAAGAGAAAUGAAAGAAGCUGACAAGCACAUAGCUGCAUAUGGACAUCUUGUUGCUUACCAGGAUUCUCAACCAGUCACGGUCUAUUGCAUCACAAAUUGGGCCAUUGCCUAUGCUGACAGGGGCGAAAAACACAGGAACUGAGUUAGUGAGGUACCUUUGAAUUCAAUUCUCACUGGAAUGACUCAACUAUCCUUUAAUGGUGCUACGUGGGGGACUGUGAAUUAGGGAAGGAGGGUUGCCAUAUGACCGUCAGUUUGUCAGUUUGGGGAAUGGCUAAAAGGGUGGAGGACCACCAAUCACGUGGGACGUCGGGCCUAGAGGCUUUUCCUAAGGGCACUCCUACAAGACAAAAGACAAUGGUCAUUCAAAACUCUUCUGCACUAUCCCUCUCCACCAAUUAUCAUUCAUCUCCCACGCGGGAGUUCUGGGCCAACCCUCAACCAUCCCUCCGCUUCACUAUAAUAUUUAUUCAUCUGCAGCACCAUCAGCAUCAGUUACACCAUUUCUUGCAUUGACCCUGUUUCUUUACUCCCAACGUCGUUUUUUCUUUUUGGGUUAAAAAUUCAUCUCUAGUGUUCAUUGAAGGUCACAGGCUAUAGCAGUAAUGGGGGACUCUUCUGCCUCUUCUGCUUCAUACAUACACAUGGUGCAACACCUGAUCGAGAAAUGUUUGAUCUUCCACAUGACCAAAGAACAGUGCAUGGAAGCCCUUUCCAAACAUGCUGACAUCCAACCAGUCAUCACGUCUACUGUGUGGAAUGAAUUGGAGAAAGAGAAUAAGGAAUUCUUUGAGGUCUACUACACUCAAACUCGAACCAGAGAUGAUGAUCAGAUGUCAGAGACAGAGACAACUGAAAUGAUCCAGAAGAUGAUAACCAAGUCCUCCAAACACUCGGACACAUAAUGAUCUCUACCUUGUGAUUCUGGUUGGUCGUUGCCCAUUAAAAAAUAAAUAAUUAAAUAAAUGAAACAGCUUUAUAUCGACGGAAAGAGAGAAGAUCUGUAUACUGCAUAUAUACCAUGGCCCAUCUCCCCAUUGUCCGCUAACCUAUUCUACAUGCAUAACCAAUUACGUCUGGCCGCAUCACAAUCUGAUGAAAUAUUGGGUAAGGUUUAAUAUUUCAGCUAUCUUCUCAAAAUACCGAACAAUUUCUUUUGGAAAUUGGGUAGUUAACUGUAUAAACCUAUGCAGUGGAUUAAGCACAGGGAGAUAGAGACUCCUAGAAUGAUGGUUUGUUACGUUUUUGUGUGGAAUGUGCUAUGUUUAAUUUGUUCUUCUUAUAUUGUAAAGACUAUUAUGUGGCGUUAGUAGUUAAUUGAAGCAGAAUCAGUUGGUGGCCA